AUGAGUUCGUCUUGCAUACCCACGGCUUCACAGGCCCGUCUGAGAAACUCGUGCGACGCGUGUAAUACAGCAAAAGUCAAGUGCUCCAAAGAACAACCACGUUGCCGCCGAUGUGAGCGCCGCGGGCUCUUUUGCGUCUACAGCGUGUCGCUACGCUCGUGCAAACGAACCGCCCCCAAUUCGACUAUGGCAACGGCCAACCGUGUGGUUCGACGCAAUUCUGGCAAUUCGCAACUCAACACGACAGAUAGUGCUCACGUGCCUAUGGAUGCCACCUACGACUUUUCCUCGGAUGUGCACAUGAACCUGAACCUGCCCGCCUUGGACGACUACUUCUCCGCCAGUGUGCUCGUCGACCUUCCCCACUCAUUGGGCGAUGACUCUAUUCUCCUUACGCCGCAGCCGCAACAACAGCAGCAUCUCCACCAACAGAAACACCAACAGCAACAUCAAUUCCAACACGCACACCAAGGCCAAAACCAGGUGCCUUCGUUGUCCACUUCGCCAACGCCGUCCAUCUGUGCAUGCCAACAGUCGAUCCUGGCAAAGCUGUCAGAGCUCUCCCUUGCGUCAGCAGGCAGCAGCCAUGUCAUGCCCUUUGACCGCGCCCUGUCGGCGAACCGUUCCAUUGUGGCGCUGUGCACCAGCACACUCGAGUGCUCGCCCUGCGCCCGCGGCAACGACGUCAUGUUGCUGUUGACGCUGGCCGCCUUGCUUGCUCACGUGCUGGGAGUCUUUGACUCCCUGCGGGACAUCGACACGCGAGAUCAUAGAGGGCGGCGAUACACAAUCGCAUGUACGACUGAGUCUGGGUAG